AGUGGAGCCUAAAAGUGUUUUCUGCUGAGAGAAUAUUUUGAACUCUUGAUUGGAUAACUGCUGCUGGAUAAAAUCAUCUAUGACGCUGAACAGAAAGGUUCAUCACCUCAUCAUGUCGGUCCCUUGCAGAACUCAGACUGAUGCGAGGGUUGCUUUUCAAUCCUGUAAAAGUUCUGAUCCAAAAGAUCGAGUUGAGUUCUACGACAACUGGGUAGAAAACUAUGAAAAGGAUGUCACCCUGUUGAGCUACAGAGCACCACAGCUGGCAGUAGACUUCCUGUCUGAAAACUUCUCUGGGAGUCCUGAAGAAGCUCAGAUUCUGGACGUCGCCUGUGGGUCCGGAUUGGUCACUAAACUGAUGGUUAAACGGGGCUUCAGGCAUUUUGUGGGAGUGGAUGGCAGUAAAGGCAUGCUGGAACAAGCUGCAAAAACUGGCCUCUAUCAGGACCUCAAACUGGCCCUACUGGGACCAGAACCACUGCCUGCACCGACUGAUACGUUUGAUGUGGUUAUCGUCACCGGUGGUAUGGAUGCUGGUUUCAUACCGGUCAGUGCUGUCAGGGAGUUCUGCGAUGCUGCCAAACCAGGAGGUUUUGUCUGCAUUUCGAGAGGUGACCACACAACAACACCAUCAAUCGAAUACAGGAAGGAACUGGAGAGAGAGCUGCAGCUGAUGGAGGACGAGGGACUGUGGAGUCCAGUAGGAGUCAAAGAGACGGACAAAUACAUGGAAAACCCACAUCUGAAUGCUGAGAGAGUCAAGGACCUGCAGCAGGAGGAGCGAUACAUUAGCGGGAGAGUUUAUCUCUACAAGAAAUCCAUCCAUUAAAAUCAGAAGUUAUGGCAACAUUAAAGAGAAAAUAAAGGGGCAUCUUACAGCUGAGUUAAAAUAAAUGUGGAUUAUACAUAAUGCAGAGCAACCCAAUGUAAAGUA